CUAACAACAAAAUCAGUUACUUUGUGCGGUAAUAAGUGGCUUUACCUGUUCGAAGAUGAGCUCGGGUUCAACGUGUGCUGUCGUCGGCUGCCACAAUAAUUCAAGAAAACUGAAAAACGCAUUAGAAACAUUUUGCCUUGAGCAUCAACAACUUAGAAAGGCCUGUCCGUGCCCACCGCCCUACGCACUGCACUCUAUGCCGCGGAAGGAGGAUCGGAAACUGGCGUGGCUGGCAGCUUUAAGACUCAAACACCCUCCAAAGAGAGUUUAUGUUUGCUCCUUUCAUUUUAUCGAUAAAAAGCCCACAGAGCUACACCCCGACCCGGAGCUUUAUCUGGGCUAUGACCGACCCCCACCGAAGAAAAGAAGAAGGCUCACUCGGACCACUUUGAGUGUGACAGCUUCCAGUAAUACGAACAAAAACACAGAAUCUGUACCCGACUCCACAGUGUUACGUUCAGUGGAAUUAGACCAGGCCAGCAUCUCCACACAACCCCCUGAGCCACAUCUGCACUCAGUCCACACACAGUGGGAGGAUCCUUCGCAACAAGACCAUCAAUACUGCAACAGGUCUCGCAGAAAAGAUGUGCAGGAUAAGAUGACUCAGUGUGAUGAAGUUGCAUAUUUCAUUCUCAAAAAUGAUGCAGACGCUUUGCUGUACACUGGGAUAGCCUUAGAAACAUUUAACACACUUGUGUCGACACUGGAAGGAUAUGACAACAAUGAAUUUACCAUGCCUGUCCGAGAUCAAGUCCUCAUGACACUUAUGAAAUUAAAGAGUAACCGUGUAAUAGGUGACCUAAGCCACCAGUUUCAUAUAUCACAAAGCAUGGCCAGCAAGAUCAUCUCACACUGGUUAGACAAGCUGGAGGAAGUUCUCCGACCAUUAAUUCCAUGGCUGCCAAAAGAAACUAUUCAAGCAACUAUGCCUGAAGCCUUCAAGAAGAACUUUCCAAAUAGUACAUGCAUUAUAGACUGCAGUGAGACCCUUUUACAGAAACCCAGAAAUCUGGGCUCAAGAGGGGAAUCAUACAGCCAUUAUUAUUCACACAACACAGUCAAAUAUUUGGUUGCUGUUGCACCAUGUGGACUAAUCAUGUUUGUGUCUGCGGCAUAUGGCGGCCGAUGUAGUGACAAAUUUAUCACAAUGGACUCUGGAAUAUUAACAUACCUAAAACCUGGUGAUGAAGUCAUGGCAGAUAGAGGUUUUACAAUUAAAGACUUACUCUUUGAGAGAAAAGUUAGAUUAGUAAUACCCGCUUUCACAAAAAAACGUAGACCGCUAACUGAGGAACAGGUAACAUACACACGUCGGAUUGCAAAUGUAAGAAUCCAUGUUGAAAGAGCAAUCAGACGCUUGAAAGUCUACAAAAUACUUUCACAUAUUGUUCCUAUAAGCAUGGCUCCUAAAGUAGACAAGAUACUGAGAAUAUGUGCUGCUCUAGUGAACUUAAGAGAGGAUCUCAUUCGUGAUACACAAUAAUUGUGUAUGUUAUGAACAAUUGUGGACUCGGGGAUA